CACGCCAUUCUUAUAAUACUCUCUCUGUGCCUUGUUCUGCUGCUGGUGGCAAUAGCGGCAACCAGGUUUUGGAAGCGGGAAGACAACCAUGCCAAGUGCGCGAGAUCAGGAGGUACUCUCCCUGUUAGCGGAAUGGUUCGACCCUCUCCCUCAGCUGACCAAGCAGUACCUGCUCAGGUACUACUGCGACACCAACGAGGCCGAGAUGGUGGAGCUCAAGACAAAGAGGCUCUUCCUCAAGCGCAGCCCUUGCCCGUCACAUUUUUCCUCCAAGGACUUCGCCCUUGGCUCCAAGAUAAUCUUGUAUGGUCGAGACCUGACCAUCGCAGCCUUUGCGGAUAAGCCCACGGAGAACAUCCUCACACCAGAGACGGAGAGUGCGGUUUUCCUCGUUGGACCCGAGGGCUUUCUAGCCGUUGGAAAGAUACUGGACGAGCUUGUCGCCUGCACUCAUGGUCUGCUGGCGAAGCUCAAGAUGGCCCGGCUGGAACCCGCCUCCGCCCUAGAGGCGGCGAGGUGCGUCGGCCUACAGGGGGCCGCCGCCCGAGAUGCCGCGGCGGGGCUCUGCCGAUCGCGCGGCGGAGGUGUUGUGCUGGGCGUCGUUCGGGGCCACAACGCGCGUGACUUAGCCGCGAAGGUAUGCGCGAGAUUCGCUCCGCAGUCCGACGGCGUGUGGUGCUGCGGAUCGGAGCAACAGGGCGCCAAUCUGGAGAGUCUCUUCGCACCUGGUGGGGCGGUUUCAAGAGGGAAAGGAGGGGGCGCCACGGCUACGUUCGACAGCUGCACCUGCUGCGUGAUCAAACCGCACGCGGUGAAGGCGGGCAACGCGGGCAAGAUCAUCGACAAGAUUCUGAAUCAGGGGUUCGAAAUUUCCGCGAUGGAAUCCUUCCGGCUCACCCGGACACAAGCGCAGGAGUUUUUCGAGGUCUACCAGGGAGUGAUCCCCAAGUACACCGAGGUGCUGGACGAAAUGACGACCGGAACCUGCGUGGCCUUAGAGAUUCGGGGGCAGAACGUGGUGGGUGCCUUCCGCGAGGCCGCCGGCCCGUGGGACGUGGAGAUGGCCAAGGAGCUGAGGCCGAACUCCAUCCGCGGGAUGUUCGGGGAGGGGGCUAAGGACUCCUCCGGUGGGGGAGCACGAACCGGGGUGCACUGCACCGACCUAACCGAGGACGGGCCUUCGGAAUGCCGCUACUUUUUCGAGCUGAUGCAGCAGGGUGGUGGUAGUGCUCCUUGA